GAGUGUGCUAAUAGGCUGAAUAGAUACAAGAAGAGACCCAUCCGGACGCCAUAUUGACCACAGCAAAAUGGCAGAACAAGAGAAUAGUUGACAAAGUCUGCUGGCUCUCAUUGACAGAUGCUUUCUCAUGGCACGAUAAACACUAAACAACAACACAUCAACAACUAUCAAAUCCGGUUCUGUGUCCGUGGUGGAGAACAUUCAUCUGGUUCACUAUGAUCAAGUUCCUUCUGAUGGUCAAUAAACAGGGCCAGACGCGCCUGUCUAAGUAUUAUGAACCAGUAGACAUUGGAAAGAGAGCAGCUCUGGAAGCUGAUGUGGUCAGGGGAUGUCUCUCCCGGAGGAAGGAAGAGUGUUCAUUUGUGGAGUAUAAAGACUACAAGCUGGUAUAUCGUCAGUAUGCAGCUCUUUUUAUUGUUGUUGGGAUCACUGAAAAUGAGAACGAACUCUCAAUUUAUGAGCUCAUGCACAACUUUGUUGAAGUGUUAGACAAGUACUUCAGUCGUGUGAGUGAACUGGACAUAAUGUUUCAUUUAGAUAAAGUGCAUAUUAUACUUGAUGAAAUGAUCCUGAAUGGACACGUUGUGGAGACAAAUAGGAACCGUAUACUGGCACCGCUUCUCGCCCUGCAUAAGAUGGGUGAAAGCUGAUAAAAUGACAUUUCUUAAUUGUUCAGCAAGAUAAAUUCACACUAAACUAAACCAAUUAUUUGCAUUAUUCCAUAAAAUUGUUUUUAACAUUGAUAUCCUGUAAGAAAUGCAUUGAAUAAAUCUUCCUCUUAAAAGUAUUCACCGAAAAAUAAAAAUAUCAUCCUCA